CCCGUCCCAAUCCACAACUCAACAGCCUCUCCACUCUCCACACCAGAGCCCAAGCGUUCGCUAUACCCAUCGUCCCAUCUCCUCUCUCGAUCUCAGUGAAGUUUUCCGCAACCAACAGCAGCCAGAUGGCUCGCUUCGCCGUGGUCGCCGCCGUCAUCGCGGUCCUCGCCGUCGCCGCCGCCGCUCAGGGCCCCAUGCCGGCGCCCAGGAUGGCCCCGCUCCCCGCACCGCCGGCGAGGUCCCCGGCCACCGCCCCUGCGCCGGUCGCCACCCCGCCCACCGCCGCGUCGCCGUCCCCGAUGGCCUCUCCCCCGGCCCCGCCCACCGACGCGCCGACCGACGCUCCCUCGGCGAUGACGCCGUCCGCGGUCUCCGCCACGCCCACCGGCGCCCCCACCGCCACCCCCGCGAGCUCCGCCGUGUACUCAUCCGCCGCCAGCUUCGUCGCCGUCGCCGGCGCGGUCGCCGCCGCCAUCAUGUUCUAGAUGGACGGAGGAUCGUCGAGCUGACCUUCGAUGUGCCGCCGCCGUGGAUCUUUGAGUCUGUCCAACCGUUGUUUAUACUCCGACGAGAUUCUUUUUCGGUUCUCUUUGUUGAGCUGGGGAGUGAGUUAUAUGUAACGCCGCCGUGUUGCGCCACGCAUGCGCCAGAUUAUUGUCAUUAAUAGAAUUCUUUCAUUUGUUACCUUA